AUGGAGGGUGACACUGGCGCUGGUGGCGCCAGCCACAGAGUCGCGGCCAUCCUGCAGGGUCUGGAAGAAUCUGGAGUAGUUCUCACUAUGGUGGGCAGCCAGAGAGACAAUCAGUAUAGAAGGAAUUUUUCAACUUCAAAGCCUACAUUAGCAGCAGUGAAGCCAGUUGUUCUAGAAAGAUGUUCAGUGGAGACUAACACGGAUUUCUCCGUGUCUAACAACUCUAACCGUGGGGUGCAGAUAUCUGACGAUAGGUACACCAGCUGCUACCAGGUGGCACACUGCAGCGUGAGACCCAGUUCUCCUCCCGUUACGGUGUCAGAGUUUCCACCUCAGCGUUCAAGUCCUAGCUAUUGAUCUGUCAACAGAAUACCAUCUCGAGAUGCAGAAGCAUUUGCACAUUCGUUGCGAAAGUAUCCAAGCUUUCCUGUACUGAGGACUGUCUCUAGCGAAAUUGUGGCAAAACUUCAGAGAUCAUUCCGCAAGCAUGCAAUACUUUCAACGAACAGGACACCGUCAGGCGAGCUCGUGGAGAGGAUUCUGAGGCAAACUCAAGAGAAACUCUCUCCCGUCCAAAAGGUAAACAGCAUUCGGUCGUUACAAAAAGAACGGUCAAGAUGGAAGCAGCCCAUACAUACGCAAGCGCACGCUAAAACUCAAGAUGUAUUGGACAACAGAAGAGUGGACAGACCAAGAACUGGGAGGAAAGAAGACGAAAGUAAAGCCAGGAAACACAUGCGGAGUGAUGAUUCACAUCGAUUGAAUAGAAGAAAAUGCAAGAGCCAUACAGAGAGUCUCCUGAAUACGACGUAUGACUACUUGAAAUCUACGCAGCCUUCCCGUUCGUGUCAUGCUCGCCGUUUCGAUAGAGACCCUCGAAUUGAUGAAAUCAGCAAACACGUACGAAGUGCUCUCAGAGAGAUAUAUAACCAACGGUCUGUGGUAUUCCCAAUGUGCUCCAAGGUUCAGAGAAGAUAUGAUGACCACAAGAAACAUUGUUCUGGCAGGGGUGUCGAUGCAAGGAACAUAUCUAAGCUCUCCAAUAGUUCUGAAGAACAAUUGUUUAGCAACCGUAAUAAGGCAUCUCAGUAUUUUCACAACGAUGCAGGGUGCAGAUGUGGGUCAGACCACACGGACCCCAAUCGUGUCGAUAGCACGUGUAAUUGUAGUCCAACCUACGCCGAAGAAUAUUCUAGAUAUAAUAUUCAAGAAGAAAUUCAUGCUUGGCUAUCUGAAAUUCCCGUUCGUAGUAACGAAGAUACAGAAGAUAAAUUAAGAAGAGAAGACUUGGUCAGAAAUUUAGUGACGACAUUAGAAAGGCUGCUAUACGAUGAUAAUUUUGAAGAAAAUGUAAUAAAUGCGGUUACUGAAUGUGUUGAUGCAAUGCCAAUGUGGAACUUUGGCUCUAGACAAAAGAAAGACCAGCUUACAGAACAUUUAAAACAAAAUCUUUUAGAUAGAUUAAUCCCAAAGCCUGAAAGUAAACUAUCAGAAACUGUAAAAAAAAUCUUAGUCAACGUUAAUUUUAAACAUGAAGUAGAUACAAAAAGAAUAUCUGAUGAUCUAACAGAUGCUCUUCACAGUCUCACUGUUUCUGAAAGCAACGACCAACAUAAAUUCAAUAUAUUCGUAUCUGAGAUUUUUAAAAUCUUAGAAAAAUUACCUAUCAAGGUAAAUGGUGAUAAAGGGGAAUAUUUAAAUAAUCUUGCCAGAAACUUAGCAAAUGAAAUGAUAGAAGUGUUAAAAGAUACUUCAGAUUCAUCAAAAUCCGAUGCAAAAUAUUCCAUGAGCAACAGAAAACAUAUGUUGCACAAUUGCAGCUUGAUGGGACCAUGCAAGCGAGCUGAAUUAAGGCCAUUUUACAAUCGGAAGAGAUUUUCCCAAUACGGUUGUGAUUCAGACACAUGUGAAUACAAAAGCCAAAAUACUAACAAACGUCAACUAUGUGAUUGUUGUCCAAAAAGUAAAAGAAAUGUAAACUGUGUUUGUAUAGCAGAAGUGAAAAGAACUAGCCACCCUUGUGAUUGUGAAUCUGAAGAAGUAUACUUUAACGAAUGCGUCGAUGAAGAAAUUGAAGAUUGGCUAAAUCAAAUCCCAGUUCCUAUAAAUGAGAGUGAAGUUGAUACAAUGAUAAGAAAACAUGCAGCCAAACAUUUAGCUGAAGCUUUGAAGCAGCUGCCUGAUGAUAAUAAUUUCAAAGGACAUGCACAAGAAGUAAUUGAAAGAUGGAUAAAUAAUGUGUCAAUAUGGCAACCUGAUACUGAACAAGAAAAAAUUAAAUUAAAAAGAUUAGUAACGGAAUCACUCUUAGAUAGAAUAAUCACAAUACCUAGGCGACCCGAUAAAUUAACAGUAAUUGUUAAGAAAUUUAUUGGUUCUAUAGAUCUUGGAGAUAGUAAUGUAAAUAGAAAAGAAUUAACGAACAAUUUAACUAAAAGACUAAAAUAUUUAACCGUUACUCCUGAAGAUAGCGAUAAAUAUAGAGAUUUAUUAAUAUCGGAAGUAAUGGAAAUAUUUAAAUACUCACUACCACAGACGAGUAACGCUGACAGUGAAUAUUUACAUAAACUUGCAACAAAACUGGUAGAGGAAAUAAUAAACAGCGAGAGCUAUGUAGAUAUAUAUGCUGAGGACACAACAAGCUUGAAAGAGGAUAUUAUCAAAAACUUAUUUGAUUGGAUAGAUGAAGUAACCGAGUUAAGUGAAACUCCUCCAAACAUGAAAGAGGCUAAAAGAGUCAUAGAUGAAUUGGCUACAAAAUUAGUUGAUUUGCAAUCUAUAGGCACAGAUACAUCUACCAUGAAGAAAAUGGGAAAUGAAAUACAAAGUAGUUUAAAAAAGCUUAAUAUAUCUACCAAAGCAAUGGAUAAUUUAAUCGAAAAUGUAAUAGAUACUAUAACAGAUACAACUUAUGCUAAAGACAAAGUUAAACUCGAAACAAAUCACAGACGAGAAGUUUUAAGAGACUUAAAUGAUUGGUUGAAAGAUAAAGAAGAAGUGAGUAACUUAAACCCUCAAGAACAAUACAGUGUAGUAAAAGAAAUAGUAGACAAGAUCGAAAAAGCAAAAGCUGAGGGUCACGAAGAUCAUCAAGAUAUUAUAUUAGAAAGUUUAGCACAAAAUGGUUAUUAUAUGGACCCCGAUGUACAUCUUGAUGAAUUAGUAAAGAAGUGGAAGACUUUCUCAGCAAGACACAAAGAAAAAUAUUUAAAAGAUAAAAUCCAAAAAAGCGUUUACCCCGUAAUUGACAAGUUGAAUGUAUCUGAAGACAAUAAGAUCUAUAUUAAGGAUAGGCUGGGUAAAGAAUUAGACAACAAUAUUACAGAAUCAUCCAUAGCCACUAGAAAAGGCAUAGAAAACAUAAAUGAAUCAUUAUUGGAGAAAAUGGAUGAAAUCGUUGAGGAGUUACAUUUACCCAAGAAUAUAAAAGAUCAAUUCAAUGAAACAAUAAAUAAAAAUAUUGAACAACUAAUGACGUCAAAAAGUAGAGAUGCCAUCGUCCAGGCUUUGACAAAAGAAAUUAAUUACAUUAUCUCCAACGAAGAGAUACCAGAGAGUGAAAAAAAACAUUUGAAAUUGAGAUUGAAACAUAUGCUUAAUGAGUAUUCAGGAGUUCCUUUUUCUAACUAUGUCACAGACAACAUUUUUGAAAAUAUUGAUCAAAUAAUAAACGAAGAACCAAUUGAGAGUACUGUUAAGGAAGGGCUAAUUAAUAAAUUAAUAUAUAUUGCACAAAAUAAAUUUAACGAAUUACCGACUCAAACUGUAAAAAAUCACGUGACAGAAAAAGCAUUAAAAGACAUAGACUUAACUAUUGAAAGUGCUCCAUUAAAAGAAAAUGUAAAAAAUGAUCUAAAGCAGAUGUUAAAAUAUAUUCUUAACGAGAAUUUAAAACAACCGUUCUCGGCUGAAGUGAAAGAAUCUACAUUAGAACAAUUUCAUGAAACUCUUAAUGAUCUAUUGAUUCCUGAUGUAACAAGGAAUGAUCUCUUAAAGAAAAUUACUAAUAUCGUCAGUCAAAACUUAGAUGAACUUCAGUGCCAAACAGAAAUAGAUCACGCCAAAGAAAUGAUCAUGAAUGAUUUAAACGAUUUGAUAGACCACUUUUUUCUUCCAAAAGGUCAAGCCACUCAAUUAAAUGAUGGUUUAAGACGCCUAUUAGCUGAAUAUUUAGACCGCCCUUACUCAAACGAUCUUAAAGAGAAACUGACUGCAGCAAUUAAUAAAGUCAUUACCGAAACACCAAUGGAUUUCGACAAAAAAGAAGAAUUAAAAUUUAAAGUAAUAGACACAAUUAACAAGCGUUUAGAUAACUUAACAUACCAAAGUGCUGAAGAAUUUGCAAAAGAAUCAAUACUAAAAGAUAUAAUGCGUAUGCUUAAUGAAACCUCGUUGCCCAAUUCUGAAAAGCAUGAUAUAAGACAUAAAUUUGAAGUUAUAAUUGAGGAUUGCUUUCCCCUUGCACAUUUAGAUGCUGCAAAGAAUGUAAUGGGGGAAGGCAUACGACAGACCAUCUACGUAUCUUCAAUACCGCAGUCUAAACAAAAUGAGUUAGUAGAUAAAAUGAUAGAUAUUACUGACAAAAUUUUAGACGAAUCUUUUUAUGACGAUCGAGUUAGAGAGCAUUUACAUGGCAUGUAUAGUAUGAUCGAAAAUCAAACACCAUUACCUGAAUCUCAUAAAGAUAUUCUGAAAAAUGAACUGAAAGCGGCCCUCGAUAAAUACUUGCAAGAUCCCGAGCUUUUGGAUAUAAUAGACGAUUCACCUUCAUACGAUCAAAUCGAUCAACAAGAAAUCGAUGAAGCAAACUAUGACAAAAUUAUCAAAGAUGCUAUGGAUGUAAUCGAAGAAACACCGAUAUCUAUUAACAAAAAACAUACAUUAGAAAAUAAACUGAAAAAUAUGGUAUUUGAUGCAAACCGACCAAAAAAUUUCAAGCAAAUUUUAAAAGAUCUAUAUAAAUCUAUUGAAGAAUUAUCUAUUCCAUGGCAUCACAAAAAAGCUUUAAAAUCUAAACUAGCGGACAUUGGGCCAAAAAACUUACAAAUUAACCAAUUGAAACAUACUCUUUUAAAAGAUAUUGAUAGUGCCAUUGAUUUAGAGCCGCUUGAUGAAGAACAGAAGAGUAAUUUGAAAAGUAAAUUUUCUGAAUUUGUAGAUUUACUUGAACCAUUUUCUGAUAAAGUUGAUAUAAAAGUUAAGGAUGACAUGAUAAGAAUCAUAGAUGAAAACGUCUUGUCCAGGGAUCAAAAGCGCAAUUUAAAGGAUAGAAUAGAAAAUAUAGUAACAAAAAUAUCGACCAAAGAGCAAGAUGAAGAAGUUGUAAAAGAAAAAAUUAUGAAGUACAUCACUGAAGUGAUUGAUGAAGCUCCAAUACGCCAUCACUUAAAAAGAAAUAUUUCGUGCCAGCUAAAAAGGGCUAUUUCUGAAAAUUUUGAACAGCCGCUCACAAGAGAUGCUGCAGUUAGGUUAAAAAAUAACUUUGUUAAUAUAAUAGAUGAAGUACCCAUAACUGACUACCAAAGAGACAGCUUAAAACGAAGAUUGAAUGAUAUUUUGACUAGACAGUUAGAGCAAUUGCCUAUGAAUAGAGACGAUGCUAGGUACCUCCUGCUAUCAGAUAUCGAUAAAAUACUGGAGGACAAAUCAAUUCCCAAAACUAACAAAACUGACCUGUUACAAAAGAUACGGAAAGCGGUUUUUACUAAUACAGAUGAACCACUUUCAGAUGGCAUAAAAAGCAAAAUUCAACAAAAGAUUGCUGACACAGUAGAUGAAGCUAUUAUUCCAAAAGAGAAAAAGAAUAAGUUAAAGGAAGAAAUAGAUGCCGUAGUCAGAAAGAAUUUUGCAAUGGUGUCGAGUAAUUUAAAACCGGCAGAUAAUUUAUCCAAUAGUCUUGUGAGAAAUAUUUGCAAUGUUAUUAAAGAUGCACCAAUAUCACAUGAAAAUAAAAAAUAUUUAAAGAAAAAAAUUGAAGAAAGUUUGCCUUCAAGAUUACAAGGAGUAACGUCUUAUGACCUCGAAGAAACAGUAAAUAAUGAAAUGCUUAAUAUAAUCAACGAAGUUGCCGUAUCGCCAGCACAAAAGAAAAUACUAAAGAAUUUUCUAGCAAAUACUGUAUCUCAAGUAAUACAAGAACAUCAAUCAAAAGCACUUAAAGACGAAAUAAAACAAAAUACACUGCGAGAUGUCAAUAUUGUUAUAGAAAAACUAAAUUUACCCAAAGAAAGGAAAAAACAAAUAAAAUUUAAACUUAAAGAUUUGAUCGAUGAAAACUUUGAAAAACCACUUACUGUUGACAAUUUUAAAGUAAUUAAAAAAGGCAUUUAUGAUAUAGUCGCUGAAGCUCCACUAACUAAAGAGAAAAAAGCUGAAAUAAGACACAAUUUAGCCAACAUCGUAGACAAUAAUGUAAAAUCGUUUAUUUCAGUCAGUUCUAAGCCCGAUACAUUAAUGAAAUCAACCAAGAAACCAAAACGUACUCUUUUAAAUGGAAUAGACUUAGUUUUGGACCCAUUACUAAUCAACGUUGAUGACAAGUUAUAUAUAAAGCAAAUGCUUGAAUCGGUGGCCGACGAAAUCUCAGAGCAACCAGCAGAAAUGAUAAAAGACACUAUUAAAAUAAUUGUAGAUGAUACCUCGAUACCCAAAAACAAAAAAGCCGAAGUACUGGAAAAAUUACAUCACAAAAUAGUUGAUAAUUUAAAUACUCCAUACGAUAAGCAAAUGUCGCUUAUAACUGAAAAUAUUUUGGGGGGGAUAGAUCCUCUUUUAGAUGAAUUACAAGUAUCGAGUGCACAGAAAAAAUAUCUAAAAAAUAAAUUCGAAGAUGUGAUAGCAGAACAUUUAAAUGAAUCCGUUUCUAGUAAUACAAUGCGAGUUAUAAAAGAUAAUAUCUAUAAUAUAAUUUCAGAAAUGCCAUUAUCUAAUAACCAAAAAAAUUUGUUAAGCAGUAAACUCAUCGAUUUAGUUAAGUCUAAUAAUACAAGAGAUGUGCGCAAACCAAGCACAACUCAACAAGUGAUGAUUUCUUUGCCGAAGAGAAUACCCGCUGUUGUGUAUUUAUCACCGGUGAAAAAAACUAGUGCGAUUCAAGAAAUAGAUACAGUUCUUGAUCACUUGCAGAUGCCAACCGAGCACAAAAGAAAUUUAAAACCAAUUUUAAAAAAAUUGGUACAAGAAACUUUAGACGCCCCAUUGACGAGCGAUACCUACGAAAUAAUUAAAAAAGGAAUCAGUGAGAUUAUGGUUGAUGCUUCCAUCUAUCCAAGAGAUAAAAAAAGUGAAAUAAAAAGCAAACUGCACGACAUGGUCGAUAAUAUAAUUAAACCAAUGAUAGAAUCAUCUACUGGAGGCACUUUAAGGACUUCUGCAGGAACAUCUACAGCAAAUAAUUUAGCUAGAAAUGUAUAUAUAUCGCCUACAAAAAAGAAUAAUGCAAUGUGGGACCUUGAUACAGUUUUUAAUCAGUUACAGAUGUCAAGCGCAGAAAAAAAUGACUUGAAAUCCAAGGUUAAGAUUGCUAUUAAUGAAAUUUUUGAAACACCGUUAUCAGUAGAUACUAGUCCAAUAAUUAAGGAUAAAAUAAAAAUAAUAAUAGCCGAGUCUUCAAACAUUUCUUCAGAUAAAAAAAAUAUGCUAAAAAAUAAACUCAUAGAUAUGGUCGACAGUAAAAUCGCGCCACUGAUUGAAUCUGAUUCUAUUGAACCAUUAAGCAGCAUGGGUGAACGUAAACGAAUUCUGCCACAAGAAUUGGAUCAUGUUUUAGAUAAGUUACAAAUAUCAAAUGAUGAGAAGAAAAGAGUUAAAAGCGCUGUAGCUAACAUUUCACAGCCAGUGAAUGCAGAUAUUAGCGAUAAUCUUAACGCAAUAGUAGAUGAUAUGACAUUACCAACAAAUGAAAAGACGGAACUAAAGAAUAAGUUAUAUAAUUUAGUUAAAACUACCACAUCUAAUACUGGUAAAGGAUCAGCAUCUAAAAAUUUAAAUGGUAAAAUGUGCUCAUCAUCCAGAAAAGAUAUCGUAAUGGCAUUAAAGCCAACAAAUGAGAAUUUAAUAGUCACAUUAAAUUCAACUAUUGAUCACUUAGAUACAUCGAAACAUUUAAAAUCAGUGUUGAAAGAUGUCGUGCACAAAACUAUCAGCAAGGGGGAUUCUUUAAACUCUAUGAUCACUGGUAGAUUAAAAAGUGCUAUCGCUAAAGCAAUAACAGAUGCGCCAAUAUCUAAGGAUAAGAAAAAUAAUAUAGAAAGCGCAUUAGUUAAUGUAAUCGAUGAACAUGUUGAUGAUGCACCUCUAACGCCAACAAACGAAAAAAUAUUCAACAUUAAAGGGACAGUUUUAGAAGACAUUGAGAGUAGCCUUAACUCUGCCCAAAUUCCAAUGGACGUGAAAAGUAAUUUGAAAGAUAAAAUACGAAACAAAAUGGUGGAGUAUUUGGAGACGCCGCAAUCUACGAAAAAGUUGGAAAACGUUCAAAAAGAUAUUAAUAAUAUAAUUAACGAAGCGGCUAUCUUGGAAAAUGUAAAAACUCAGUUGAGAAAUAACAUACGCAACAAAAUAAGCAGAAAUACAGAAUAUUUACCUGUUACGGAGGCUUUAAGCUUUUAUAAUCCAUCAAAAACAACUGCCAUGAGAUAUGAAGAUAGCUCCAAUAUAACCAAAGCAUGGCCUUCCCACUCUAAGUGCCAACAAGAUUCUUUACCCUCAGGAUUGAUUUAUGAUGCUGAUGAUGAAGACACUAAGGACCAAAUGUCUGUUGCAAUGUCAGUAUUGAAAGCACCAAAAGAUCACAGCUCAAAAAAGAAGAAAUUAAAAGAGAACAUGUUAAGAGAUUUCAGCGGAAUAAUAGAUGUCGUUAAUAUACCAAGAAAUAAAAAGACAGAUCUAAAAAUAAAAUUGAAUGGAAUUGUAAAUUCGAAAAUUGAUAAACUGUUUGCAUCUCCAAAAAGAAAUUCAACUGAGAUGAAAAAGUUGAUUGCAGAUAAUAUUGAACAAGUUAUAGAUGAAGCGUCUAUGGGUCCUGCUGUUACUAGACAAAUGAAAAACGAUUUAAAAGAUCAAUUAUUGAAAGUGGCAAAUAAAAACAUAAAUACAACGAUUACAGAGGGUAAUAAGAGCACUGGCCAGUCACAAAUGCUGUUAGGCACUAUUGAAAGAUUACCGAUACCUAGCCAUAUAAAAGACGAAUUGAAGGACAAAAUAAUGAAAUCUCCCGAAGAAUCAGUAAGUAGUUCACAAGAAAGUAGGAGACUCUCUCCAACACGCCCUCGUGGUUCUAACAUUUCUGUUAUUCCUGAAGAAGGACCAGUAACUUCUACUCCUAAGAAGGGUCGUAAGAGCUGGGAAAGACCGAUAAAUUCUUUCUCAGUUAUUGCAAAUGAAGAUAUUAUGCAGUCGCUAAGCCCAGAAGAGAGAGAUUAUUGGAUGCAAAUAGAGGAAUCUAUAUCGAAAUGGUUGGACGAGUUGCCUAUAGACUUAGAUGAAGAUACUAAGGCAGCAAUAAAAAGAGAAAUAGCAAAUGAUAUCACUGAUCGACUGCAAUACUUGCAAUUUAACCCUGGAGCUAAGAAAUCACUGCAAGAGGAAUUGGAGAAUCUACAGUAUCAGGUAUUUAGAAGACUAGGAAAGGUCCUUAAUCGUGAAGAAAUGCAGUUAGCAAUACAGGCAGGUGACAAGCUCAUGCUCAUGAUGAAAGAUAUUAAAGAACCAGAUGAAGAUGCAGCAUUAGAAAGAACGGCAGAAUUUGAGUUUCAUCAGCAAAUAAAAGACAUUAUAUCAACCACAUUGCCCGAAUUAGAGAACGCUUCCACUGAGACAUUAAAUUCAUUUGAAAUAAUGAAAGAUGAAUUAGCGGAUGCUUUUAUUAAACUUCAUUACACUGGUGGUAAUGAAGAAGAAUUAAAUAAAUUAAAGAAGAAAAUUAAUGACGAAAUAGAUAAAUUCUGUGAUGAUUAUCUAAAAAAAUAUCCUAAUAAACCGUUAGAUCGUGAACAACUAAAACGCGAUUUGUAUAAUGCACUCAAAAAUGUGCAACCUUCUGAUGACCUAAUGAAAUCUGCCGUAGAACAUGUAAGAUUUAAAGAUGUAGUACAUGAAUGGGUUAAAAAACUACCACUGAAGAAGCAGACUACUGCUGAACGUAUAAAAAUGAAUAAAAAUAUAGCUGUACUGGCAAAAAAACUGCUUGACCUAGAACAGAAUGAUGAGCUCAGUGAUUCAGAAGUAAAAGAUAAGAUGACAACAGAAAUAGCAAAAUUUUUGACAACACUGCCUUUUAAAUCAGGUCAAGAAAAAAACGCAGACAAAUUCAAAAAUGAUCUAAUCGUUCAAAUCAACAAGACCAAAGCAACCAGAACAUUUGAUGCUUCUACGAGACAUUCGAUUACCCUUGACGACUUCUUGGGACAGAGCUCACAUUGGCAGCCAUUGUUUCCUCCAUGUACUUUAAGUUCUGAAGAUUUAGAGCAUUUAGCAAGAAUAAAGAAACGAACUUGCCUAGCUCCUGACUGCCUCGCUUCUCUAAUGAAUAAAGCUAGUGAGAACAAACGUAAUGCCUCUGUAAACCCGAUGUCCAUUGAGUCUGGAGCUCAGACAGAACACUAUUCUGAGAAUAUUUCUAUGCCUCAGCGAAUGCAACCAUGUUCGUCAUCGUAUGGACCAACAGUAUGUCCAGGUCAACCAUUGCCUUAUGAUCAAUUCUGCCCAAUGCAGUUUGCUGGAAGUCCCUGUACACAAAGUUUAAGCCAUAUGGAUGUUCAACCACAGAUCAUAAUAAAGGAGUACUAUUGGAAUUCAACCAACACCUCAGAGUUUCCAAAAUCAGAAUCGCGAUUAUCAGGUGGCGUACAGAAACGAACAUGCUUCGCCUCAAGGCCAACACCACGAUGCACACAAAAGUACUCUCAAACUUCUCAAGAUAAGGCUUUAGGGUCUAUAUCCUGCACACCUUCGCCUUGUGCCCCAGCGCCUUGUUCACCCACUCCUUGUACUCCGAGAUUUUAUACUCCAAAACAUUGUACUACAAGUGCCCUACCACAGUACUUUAUCCCAUGCCAUCGAAUAAAUCAACAGAAUUCAUUUCGAGAAGAUAAUGGGCCAAGAAAAGAUGAUCAGUAUACAGAAUAUUCUGAAGCUCAGAUCACAAAAUCUGUAAGAAAAGAACACGUGAUAGAAUUAGGGUCGUUAGAUGAAUUAAGAAAACCUAGUCGGAAAGAGAGAAGACUUGAACAAUUCACAUCGUAUUCCAGAAAUCCAGAACAAACUGUUUGUGAAGAGUCUCGUUCGAGUCCUGACGAUUCGGAUGAAGCAGAAAUAUGCAUUAACAGAGGUCAACCGAAAGAGAGGACUGUUACUUGUAAAUGUAAGGCUAAGCCAGCAGCAACAGGUACGCGAGGACGUUGGAAGCAAGAGACUCAUAGAGACCGUGCUAUAUUGGCUAAUAAUGACAGCACAGCAAUGAAACGAUGCUUGAAAUGCUGCGGUAUGCACUGUCCGUAUCCAAGUUUUAUGUACUUUAGACAAUAA